AUGCCGUCGAAUCUACCAUCGAGUUUCGCCUCAGCCGCCGCUGGACAGAACUCGCAACGCGAUGGACGAAACAACAACAGUGGAGAGUGGUCUAGAACUGGUCGGCCUAAUGGAACGUUAACCUUUCGAAGACCCUCGACCACUCCCAGCCAGUCCAUCAGCAGCCAGCCGGCCCCUGCCGACGCUGUUCAGUCUCUUGGCACGACUGUGGAGUCAACCCAACGCAGAUAUACGAAAGAAGAAUUGCUGAACAUUUACGAGUCCGCUCCUUCAGCAGAUGUGUCUUCCUUAUUCGUGCAAGGCUGGAAUCCGGGUCACGUUAAUGGGAGUAACACGGCAACUCGCGGUUGGGGCAAAAGUGGCGAAUCUCAUGUCCAGCCACAAGAGCCGGACCUUUGUUGGGAUCCUGCCUCUGCCAGCAUACCAAGCGGUCUCCGGGAGAUGACAGAAGACGAGCGCGAUCUGUUUACGACCGAUGUCAAUUCGCCCGUUAAGCCGCCGCCUCAAAACAAGGACGGGAAUGCCUUGAAUGGAGGACGUAAGACGUCUGUCAGCCACGGUGCUUCCCUAGCCUCUCCCUCGUCUGCCUCUAGGCCAGGAACCAGGCGACGUGAGACGACGGACACUAACCCGUAUUCUGGUGGAGGGGGACUAACCUCGCCUACCUCGGCGACGCGAGAAGGGGGUUCGUUUUGGCUUCGAAAGAGCGAUGCGAAGGACGCCAUGUUUGAAGAACCCGAAGGAGACGCCCAACCACGUGAACCCGCACCGGGACAGAACUCCCCGCAUCCCUUUGCUGGCCUGGUACGCAACAACACCGCCACAGGUGUCUCGGGUCUUGCAAACGCCUCCUCUCUGUGGGGAUCCUCUGGCGCGACAAACUCACCAGCCUCGGCCCUGGGUAGCUUCGGAAAUUUUGCUCUGCCUGGUUCCUCUGCCAUUGGCGACAAACGUCCUGGAGGCCCGUCUCGCCUUGCCCGCUUGAUCCCAAAGGAUAGCAAUGAUAAUAUGGCGGGUCGAGGCAGUGAGCCAUCAUCAGCGGUUGAUCCCAGGGCCCCUUGGCGUCCCCGUCAGCGCACUGAUACCGAUCCGUUCGCUGGCGAAGAAAAUCUAUCAGGCAGUGCUGUGUUGGGCGGCGCGCAGGACACCAGUCCUCCGCCAACUCAGCGUGCCACUCUGUUCGAUACUCCCGUCAAAGGAUCGGCUAGCGAGUUUGGAAUGUCCGGCCUGAAUCUUGGUGGCGCAUUGGAUAAUGAGCCGCUGAGCCCUUCCGAGACCAAUCCCUACCGAAGCCCGCCUGGAGAACGUGGUGCAACCGAGGAGGGUAAUGAAGGCGCCCAAGGCCAUGGCUUGGGACUUGGCGGUUCAGACCAUGUUUCUGCCUUCGGUGCUGGCGGUUUCCCUCGCCCCUUUGGUCAAGCUGCAUUCGAGGGUAGUGACCGAAGUCAGACUUCCAGCGUGGGUGCGAAGCCUCUGCCACCAAUUAGCACUCUUAGUGGUUGGCCCACUUCUGCCACUCCUGACCGUGAACGCAACCCCUUCGGCAAUGCUUUUGGAAAUUCCCUCUUUUCGCCAAUGGGUGAUCUCCAUUCUCCAAGUCUGGGCAACUUGAGCGGUGUUUUCGGCCCUGUUAGUAGCACUGGACUUCCUGGUUCUGGAUCCAUUGGCCGAGGCAGCAAACUGGGAUCUCUCUUCCCCCCGGCGAUGCAGUCGCAAAUGGCAAAUCAAGACAACGAAAGCCUGGCCGACUCAAUUCCCGAUGUUCGAAUGAACACCAACCCGCUUGGUGCCAUCGGCCGCAAUGCCUUCGGAGAACCCAGCCGCAACACUGAUUCUCCAAUCGGAACUGGUCGUGGUGGUUUCGGUGAUUUGUUCAACCCCGAUAACGCUCGGUCUGCUGUCACUUCGGAAGCUCUGGCUGGUGGUAUUUCGGCUGUUGCCCAACCCCAGGGUUUCCCGCAAACUACGGGCACCCCUUUCAGCGGCAAUCCUAUCGCAGAGCCUCCUUCGGCCCAACCCCGGAGCAUGGUUAUGCCCGAUCGGAUGCGAUGGGUCUAUCUCGAUCCCCAAGGUCACCAGCAGGGUCCGUUUACCGGUCUCGAGAUGAAUGACUGGUACAAGGCCAACUUCUUCACUGCUGACUUGCGCGUAAAGCGAGUUGAAGACCCCGAGUUUGAGCCACUGGGUCAGCUUAUUAGGCGUAUUGGCAAUUCUCGUGAGCCAUUCCUUGUCCCCAUGAUGGGCAUUCCUCAUGGGCCACCCGCACCGGCUGGGCCUUUCUCUCCAAGUGCAGGAGGUGGCAUUGUACCGCCCCUGAACGGCGUGUUUCCCCAGUUUGGCCGCACGUUGACUGCGCAGGAGCAAAAUGACCUCGAGAGACGCAAGCAGGAAGAGCAGUAUAUGAUGGCGCAGCACCGAGAUUUACUGUCCAAUCAGCAGCGUCUUGCAAGAGUUCAGCUGCAAGGUCAUCCAGGACUGCAUCACCACUCCAGCGCUCACAGCUUGCAGAGUCAGCCCAGUUUUGGUAGUAUCAACUCGCCCAUCGCAAUGCCUCCGCAGCCCCCUAUUGGCUCUGUUGGGGGCGCUGGUCCUUUUUUGGGGGCAAACACGCAGCAGUCAAACAUGGCUCCCGGUGCCUCCAGCCACAUCAUUAGUGAUAUGUUUCGUGACGAAGAGCUGAAUGCUCGUGCCCCCGGCCCAAUCGGAUCUGUUCCUUCCCAAGCUCCUGUUGGCAGUUCAUCGAUGGAGUCCUUUCGUGCCCGUCUCCCGCAGACGCAGGAACUUCUAGAGGACGACGAAGGCUUUCGCGGAAGACUGGAAGAGUUUGAGCAACUUCGUGCACAGCACGAUGCUCAAGCCGAGCAGACACGUGCUGCUCUCGACAACCAAUCUUCCAGCGACUCUGUGGCAGCAUCUAGUCCUCCCACCCAGCCCAAAGAGACUGUAUCUGCCAAGGAGGUGACCCAAAAGCAGGAUGACAAGGACAUGGCCCCAGAAGCAGCAGCAAGUCCCAUUGACGAGCAGACUGAGCAAGCACACGCAAUCGCUGCGGCUCGUUUGAGUGGUUUACCCAUGCCAUUCCCUCCUCCGCAAUCCUCAACCCCUCUGCCUGCUCCCGCUCCUCAACGCGUCAAGUCCAACUUGCCUGAGCAGUAUGCUACUAGCUCGCGAUCCGAGACUCCCGAGAACGUGACUCAGCCGCCUCCUUUGGCUCCUUGGGCCAAGGAUCCUGCUUCUGAAGCUCCCCGUGGACCAAGCCUGAAGGAAAUCCAGGAAGCAGAGGCCAAGAAGGCUGCCAAGGCUGAAGAGGCUGCUGCUGCUGCUCGCCGUAUUAUGGCAGAACAGGAAGCUGCUAGAGAGCGCGAGAAGAUGGCUGCACUUGCUUCGGGUCUGCCUACCACCAGCACUUGGGGAACGUCGUCUCCAGCCUCCGCCACCAGCCCAUGGACUAUGCCGGCAGCCUCCAAGGGUCCCGCGCCGGGCACGACCCCAACCACGCUAGCUGCCGAGAAGAAGAAGACCUUGGCUGAUAUUCAGCGCGAGGAGGAAGCCCGUAAGAACAAGGCUCGAGAGAUUGCUGUUCAGUCGGGCGCUGCUUCUAGUGCUAAGAGAUAUGCAGACCUCGCCAGCAAGCCGAAUGCAUCAUCGCCCACACCGACCUCUCUGAGUGCUACCCCGGCCGCGGUGACCGGUGCUGGCUGGGCUACCGUCGGUGCUGGCGGCAAAGUCAAGGUCCCUACCGGACCGGCUGUGCAGUCUCGUUCUGUUAGUUCCAGCAACAUCAAGCCCGCCGUUGCUCCUGCCCCUGCUGCCCGUCCCAUUUCCAAGCCAUCGGCCAACACGUCGCGCAACGAGGCCAUGGAUGAGUUCACCAAAUGGGUUCAAGGACAAUUGCUGAGGGGCGGUGUCGCUGAAGUUGAUGUUUACACGCAGACAUUACUCGAGUUUCCCGCUGAAGCUAGUACUAUCGCGGAUGUUGUCUACGAGAUCUCCAAGACCAUGAAUGGUCGAGAGUUUGCAAACGAGUUCAUUCGUCGCAAGAAGCUUGCUGAAAAGGGUGUCUUUGAGAAGCAAGGAUCUGUCGAGGUGCCUUUGCAGCCGACUGGUGGCUGGAAUGAGGUGGCCAAGAAGAACCCUCACAAGGAGAACAACGGCAACUCGAUCCCUUCUGACUUCAAGGUCGUCCCUGCUCGCAAGAAGGGCAAGAAAUAA